AUGGUCAAGAUUGAACCUUUCGCCUGGAUGGACAAAUACGAAACCACACCUGAAGUCGUCAACAUUGCCGAAACAUGCGCAGCUUCAAUUUCAAUCGAUGACCUCGUAAAGUUAUCCGAGGAUCCAACUCUACCUCAUCCAAUAUCAACUUCGAACAAGCUCACAUAUGGACAUAUUCGAGGUUCUCCCGUUCUUCGUGAACGUCUUGCGUCUCUCUACUCUGCAAGGACUUCAUCCGCUUUAUCUCCAGAGAGUAUCCUUCUCACACGGGGUGCAAUCGAAGCCAAUUUCCUUUCUCUAUACACGUUGAUCGGACCAGGGGAUCAUGUAAUUUGUGUCCAUCCUGCUUAUCAACAACUAUACUCAGUCCCACAAAGUCUUGGCGCGGAAGUUUCGCUAUGGAAGUUACACAAGGGGAAGAAAUAUAUUCCCGAUUUAGAGGAGUUGAAGGGAUUAGUCAAGGACAAUACCAAAAUGAUUAUUAUAAAUAAUCCCAAUAAUCCAACAGGAGCUACAAUCCCCAAGUCCGUUUUGCAAGGCUUGACGACUUUUGCGAAGGAAAAGGACAUUAUUAUCCUAAGCGAUGAGGUCUAUCGACCUUUAUUUCACGGAAUCUCAGUAGCUGAUGCAGAGUUUCCCCCUUCAAUGGUGUCCAUGCCUUAUGAAAAAAUCAUCGUUACUGGCUCCCUUUCAAAAGCCUACUCUCUAGCUGGUAUCCGUGUUGGCUGGAUCGCAUGCAAAGAUAAAGCUAUCAUCGAAGCCAUCGCAGAUGCUCGGCACUAUACAACUAUUUCUGUCUCGCAGCUUGAUGACCAAGUUGCUUCCUAUGCAAUGAAUCAAUCCGUCAUCCAUGCUCUCCUGGCUCGGAACAUCAAGCUCGCGAAGACUAAUGUGGCACUUUUGGAAGCUUUUGUCAAUGAACAUAGUGAGAAUCUGUCUUGGGUAAAGCCGAAUGGAGGCACAACAGCCUUCAUCAAGGUGGAAAAGAAAAGGGAGCCGGUGGAUGACGUACAGUUUUGUGUCGAUGUCAUUGAGAAGACUAAGGUUAUGUUCCUGCCUGGUUCCAAAUGUUUUGGAGAGGAAUAUAAGGGUUAUGUAAGGAUUGGAUUUGUAUGUGAAACAGAGGUCUUGAAGGAGGGUCUGCAAAAAUUAGGAGGAUAUAUUAGGGAAAACUUGAGCUAA